UGCAUUAGUGAGGAGGUGCGGAGCAAAACAAACAGAGCAAAGAUCAUCGCCACCAUUUUCUUAACUAGCUUGUUGGCUAUUUUGCGGAGGCAUGGAGGUGCACAAAAAGUUGCUGAACUCUGUGGACAGGUGUGUGGAUGAGGCCUUAGAAGGCAUUGUGAGCAGUAAUGGAGGCCUUGCACUUUUGAGGGGCCACAGGGUUGUUCUCCGCUCUGACCUUGAGCACCUGAAGGGGAAGGUAGCGCUGCUGUCCGGGGGCGGGUCAGGGCAUGAGCCCGCACAUGCAGGUUACGUUGGCAGAGGGAUGUUAUCAGGAGCCGUAGCAGGGGCAGUGUUUUCUGCCCCUCCUCCGGGAAGUGUUCUGGCAGCCAUCAUGGCACUCUGGCAGAGCGGUGCGUCCGGUGUCCUGCUCCUGGUUAAGAACUACACUGGUGACCGUCUGAAUUUUGGCCUGGCUGCCGAAAAGGCGCGAGCACAGAAAGUCCCUGUGGACAUGGUGAUCGUGAACGAUGACUGUGCCUUCACCCAGCCCAGUAAAGCAGGCCGUAGAGGGCUCUGUGGAACUGUCUUCAUUCAUAAGCUGGCUGGAGCUCUGGCAGAGGAGGGCUGUCCACUGGAUGUAAUUGUUGCCCAGGUGUCAAAGGCAGCAAAAAACAUUGGCACUCUGGGUGUCAGUCUCUCCCCAUGCAGUGUGCCAGGAUACCUGCCCUCCUUCCAGCUCCCCCCUGGGGACAUGGAACUAGGAAUGGGAAUUCAUGGAGAGCCGGGCAUUAAAAGAUCAAAGAUGGCUUCUGCCGAUGAAGUUGUGAAGACUAUGGUUGAUCACAUGACUGACCCCUCCAGCCAAUCACAUCUGUCACUGAAGUCAGGUGACAGAGUGGUUCUUUGUGUGAACAAUCUUUGUGCUCUGUCUGGUUUGGAGAUGGCUGUAGUCACUAAAGCUGCCAUCAACUGCUUAAAAGGGCGUGGAGUCGUGGUUACCAGGGUCAUGUCAGGCUCGUUUAUGACAUCAUUGGAGAUGGCAGGCGUGUCUCUGUCUCUAAUGAAAGUGGAUGAGGAAAUGAUCCGACUGUUUGAUGCUAAAAGCACAGCACCAGCCUGGCCAAACCUCAGCAGUGUAUGUGUGAGUGAAAGGAAGUGGUUCAUUGAACCCGCAGAGCGACCACCAACCUCUGAGAUGAACCUUGUCCAAGGUCCUUUUGCUGCUGUGGCCCGUCCAGUUUUGGAGUCUGUGUGUAAAACCCUCCUGCAGAGGCAAGAUGAACUCAAUGCCCUGGAUCGUGGAGCAGGGGAUGGAGACUGUGGGAACACACAUGCCCUUGCUGCUAAAGCCAUUCAGGAGUGGAUGCAGACUAAUGCCAUCCCAGGAAGCCCCUCCCUACUGCUGACGGCUCUCGCUGGAUUGUUAGAGGAGAAAAUGGGCGGAUCUUCUGGAGCGCUGUAUAGUCUGUUCCUGACAGCUGCUGCCCCCCACCUGAGUAAAAGUAAUGAUGCACCAGACUGGGCCAAAGCAAUGCAUGCUGGAACUGAAGCGAUGAAAAGGUAUGGAGGUGCUGUGCCUGGUGACAGGACUAUGCUGGAUGCUCUGUGCCCUGCCGUGGAGGAGCUGAUGAAGUUAUCCACUGUGCCUCCUGCUCUCCAUAUAGGUGUACUACAGGCAGCAGUGGAGAAAUCAGAAGUGGGGGCGGAGUCUACCCGUGACCUCACUGCAAGGGCAGGACGGGCCAGCUAUGUUGCGUCUGAUCAGCUGACUCAGCCAGACCCUGGUGCUGUGGCCGUAGCUGCCAUUCUCAGAACAGUGUUUGAGGUCUUGAAAGGGAAGAGGCAGUAAUUUACACUGCAGCCAGAGUUUGUUGAUGAUGUUUUUUUUUACUGAGACCGUGUAUCCGAGGUGUGGAUGCUUAUGAUUUGAGGGGCUCUAAAACCAGUUUUUCUAAGCCAAGCACGGAACUGAGAUCAAAGAUAAAAUGCUGCGCUUCUGUGUUAACACUUAAUACAAUUCCAAAAUCAUCUACGAGAGAUAACCAUAUCAAAGAAUAGAAAUUCAGUGACUGAUGUCACUUUUGUAUUAAGAGUGCAUCGCAGGCACAAAAAAUAUAAAAAGGAAGGAAGCAAGUGUUACUCUCAAACUGAAGAGUGUAACAUAAACUGGAACAUAAGCAUGCACAAAAACGUAAGAAAUCCAACGUAAUGAUAAUAACCAACAAUAACAUAUAUAAUAUAUAAUAACAAAAAAAGGUGGCUGGCAAGGUAUUCGAGUGGCACAACGGUCAUCAGCCAGGCCGGGGUGUGGAGGAAAUGACACAAUGUGCUGGUGAUGCGGGAAAAAAAGGAAAUAGGCUGCUGCUUCCAAAAAUUGGUCAAUCAUUCUGUCAUGUAGGCCUUCUUUAGUUAUGGUUUUUGUGCACACAUGUUCAGUUUCAUUUCCUUCAACUCUUGGAGACUUAUUUGUGUAUCUCCUUUUCGUACAAACACAUUUACUCUUUACUUAAUGUACAGAUUUUUUCCCCUGAAAAGAAUAAUGUUAAUUACUGUAACAAGUCCUUUUGUUUUCUGUUUCACUUUACAUUGGCUAAUGUUGAAAACAUACUGCUGUCCAAAUAAAAUUAAACUCAGUGAA